AUGGUUGCAACCUGUAGUCUCUCUGCGGGUAUCAAUCUCCCAGCCCGGCGCGUCAUCUUGAAAGGCGCUCGAAUGGGUCGAGACUUGGUGGGACCUGCAAUGCUACGGCAAAUGCGUGGUCGAGCGGGACGCAAGGGUAAAGACGAGUAUGGUGAGACUUACUUGUGCUGCCAAAAAGGAGAACUUGAAGAUGUUGCGGAGCUGCUCGAAGCUGAGAUGCCCGCUGUCACCAGCUGCUUGACGCCCGAGAAACGAGGCAUCAAAAGAGCACUGCUUGAAGUUGUGGCCAUUCGAUUGGCGUCAAGCAGAACGUCUCUGGAUCACUACGUUCAUUCAUCACUACUUUGGCACACGACGGAGAAGGGCGGGGUUGAAAACAUGGUGAAAGCCUCCGUUGACGAACUGCUUGAAAGCCGGCUCAUCCAGGCUGUCGACCUCCAGAAUUGCCUUGAACCGACAAUGCUGGGCGCAGCUGUCGUCGCCGCUGGCCUGAGUCCUGAAGACGGUAUCUUCUUGCACUCUGAGUUGCGUCGCGCCCUCGAAUCAUUCGUCAUGGAUGGCGAUAUGCACAUUUUCUACCUCUUCACACCCGUCCAAACUUCCGGCCCGGGAGAGAUUGCUUGGUUGACCUUUCGGGACGAGCUUAAACAGCUUGACGAAAGUGGGAUGAGAGCGAUACGGCUGAUCGGAGUCAGUCCUGUAUUUGUCAAUCGCCUCGUCAACAGCGGCGCUCAGUUGAAGGAGACCACUGCGGAAGAAAUCCGGUUGGCUCUGGUGUAUCGCCGGGUAUACUCGGCCUUCCAGUUACGUGAUCUCUGCAACGAGAUGCCAGUGCAUGAGAUCAGCUUGAAAUACAACGUGUCUCGCGGACAGGUUCAGACCCUUGCUCAGACCUGUCACGGCUUUGCCGCCGGCAUGGUCAAAUUCUGCCAAAGAAUGGGCUGGGGUAUGCUUGGAGCGGUGCUGGAACACAUGCUUGACCGCCUUCGUGCAGGAGCCCGAGCAGACUUGCUUGAAAUGGCGGAGGUCGCCUUUGUCAAAAGUCGCAUGGCACGGAUUUUCUGGGACAAUGGCCUGAAGAGUGUCAGAGCUCUGAGCGAGGCUGACCCCCCGACUCUUGUCCCAAUCAUGAUGCAAGCCCACGCGUGGAAAACUAGGUUGCAGGGCGAAGCGGCGGAGAGAUUCAAGGACAAAUUGCUGGCCAAGGCGAAGAUCAUUGUGGGCAGCGCGAGUAGAAUACACGAGAAGCAGAUGAUGCUUGAAUGGGAGGAGGAAUGA